AUGGAAAAACAGAAUAUAACAGUGCCAAUAGAAUUCAUUCUGACUGGAGUCACACACCGGCCUGAACUUCAGCUCCCUCUUCUUGGAGUCUUCCUCAUCAUCUAUACACUCACAGUGAUGGGCAACAUGGGAAUGGUCAUUUUGACGAAGCUGGACUCUUGCUUACACACACCUAUGUAUUAUUUUAUCAGGCACCUGGCUUUCAUUGAUCUUGGUAAUUCUACUGUCAUCUAUCCCAAGAUGAUGGUGAAUUUUGUUGUGGACCAAAAUACCAUUUCCUACUAUGCAUGUGCCACACAGAUGGCGUUCUUCAUCAUGUUCAUUAUUAGUGAACUUUUCAUCUUGUCAGCCAUGGCAUACGACCGCUAUGUGGCCAUUUGUAAUCCUCUGCUCUACAAUGUCAUCAUGUCUCAGCGAUGCUGCCAUGCACUGGUGGGCAUUCCAUAUCUCUAUAGUACAUUCCAAGCUUUGAUGAUAACUAGUAAAAUAUUUACAAUGACUUUUUGUGGCUCUAAUGUCAUCAGCCAUUUCUACUGUGAUGAUGUUCCCAUGUUACUUAUGCUAUGUUCAAACACACUUGAUAUAGAACUGUUGAUCAUAUCAUUUUCAGCAUUUAAUUUGAUCUCCUCCCUUCUGGUAGUCCUAGUAUCUUAUAUGCUAAUUCUGCUAGCCAUAUGCCAAAUACGUUCUGCAGAAGGCAGAAAGAAAGCUUUCUCCACAUGCAGUUCCCAUCUGACUGUGGUAGUGGUCUUCUAUGGGACCCUCUUUUUCAUGUAUUUGCAGCCUAAAUCCAACCAUUCUUUUGAAACAGAUAAACUGGCAUCAGUGUUUUAUACUUUAGUGAUCCCCAUGUUCAACCCCUUGAUCUACAGCUUUAGAAACAAAGAAGUAAAAAGUGCCUUUCAAAGAGUCUUUAAGAAUCUCUGUAAACUUUCUAUGUAA